CACGAGCGUGUCUUGUAUGUUCUGCUCGCAGAGCCCGUUGAAACUCUGAUCGAAUCUCGGUAUACAAUCGGUUUGUCUUCGCCGAUAAUUCUCGAUCCUCCGUCUGAGACGAUCGACGACCGCCUGCCUCUUGGGGAUAAUGAUACAGGGGCAUUCUAGCAGAAGAAUUGCAAACUAUGAAAUGCAUCACCUGCCGACUGCGAACCAGUUGCAUGUGUUACCACCUUUGCAGAAUUAAAUGUAACUAAAAACACAGCCCAAUCGAUAAAACGCUACAUUAUUCUGUAAAAAAAUCCGAAAUAGUUUUCAAAACAUAAUCGCACAAGUACCGUUAUAAUACUUUGAUAUCUUAAAUACAUGUACUCUAUAUGAAUAGUAACAAUUUAUAUCGUAUAGUGAUAACAUAACCUGCAGUGUAGUAACAUAACCUAUACAUGCAAUCGGUGAUUGUAGUAACGCGUAUAAUAAGAUUUAAUGUAUACAACUAUUUAUUUACAUACUGUAAAUAAAAUUGACUCUUUAUCGAAAUCCUAUGUACAUAAAAUUUGGUUCCAAAUUAUAGACACGUUAAAUAUUCUCUUCAAAGUUUCGAAUACAUGUUUUCGUAAACAAAGUUUUCAAACAUAUUGUAUGAUUAGUUUAGAUAUAAAUAUAAAAAAUGGAUCUUAGUAGUGCGAAAGAUACUAGGUUUCCUUUUAUACCCGGGACAAAACCUUCGAUAAAAAAUUCACAACUACUCAUUUCAACUGGAAUUCCUUCUUUGGAUCAUAUAAUAGGUGGUGGAUUACCUAUUGGUUCCCUAUUUUUAAUCGAGGAAGAUCGAUAUGGUAUAUAUGCAAGAGUUAUGUUAAAAUAUUUUAUGGCAGAAGGUGUGGUCACAUCUCAGCCAUUGCUUGUAGGAUCCAAAGAUACAACACAGUUAGUAUCAGAGUUACCAGCUGUUAUAACAGAUGUUAACUCCACCAAUCAACCUCCACAUUUAGAUGAACAAAUGAAAAUUGCUUGGAGGUACCAAAACAUGAAAGUAAUCGAUUCAUCUCCAACCGGAGGACAAGUUUUUGGUCAUUUCUAUGAUCUUACAAAGACAAUGCAAAAAGAAGUAAUCGAGAAAGCGGAUAUCACACAGUGGUAUGAUGAUAGUUGUCCAGAAAAAGAUUCUGUAUUUGAGAAUUCGGCUUAUUCAAAACUAUUAGAGCGUGUUCAAGAUACCUUGACAAAAGGACAAUACUCGGUUUCGGAAAUGCUUACAAAAAGACAAGUUUUAAGAAUUGUAAUACAUUCUUUAGGAUCUAGAUUAUGGUUCAGUGAUUCAAAGGAUACUUCACAUCAAGAUUUAUUGAAAUUUUUAUAUGUCUUUAGAGCACUUUUAAGAUAUUCUUACGCGGUUGCGGUAAUAACCGUACCUGUAGACUGUUUAGAUAAUUCGGAUGCUGUUGUACAACGAAUCGAGCACUUAUCGGACAUUGCUAUUAGAUUAGAAUCGUUUAUGGGCACUCAAAGAGAAGUAAAUCCACUAUUUAAAGACUACCAUGGCUUAUUGCACCUGAGAAAGUUACCUGCCUUGAACACAAUAGCUCCGCAUAAUCCAGAUUCGCGGGAUCUUGUGUUCAAAAUUCGUCGCAAAAGAUUCGUUAUCGAGAUUUUACAUUUGCCAGCUGAACUUGGAGAUUCCGCUCAACGAGAACAAGAUGAAACAGCAUCGCUGGUUGGAUGCGCUAGUCAAUCGCGUAAAAACCUAUUGGACUUUUAAAAAUUAAUGUACAG